AUGAGACUCAUUCUGAAUGACACAGUAUGUGUAACCUCUGGCAUCAUUUUCCCAUACAGGACCCUCAUGUUGACAGCAGGAUCUAACACCUUGGCAUCCAGUGAGGUGGCUAUAGGAGUGAUCUUCUUGUCACAGACUGUGGUUGGAGUUCUGGGUAAUUCCUAUCUCCUCCACCAUUACCUGUUGUUUCACUUCAGGGGGUGCAGGUUAAGAUCCACAGAUUGGAUUCUGAUGCAUUUGUUUGUAGCUAACAUUUUAAGUCUGUUCUGUAAAGGGGUGCCCCAGACAUUAGGUGCAUUUGGAUGGAGAGACUUCCUCAGUGAUUUUGGAUGCAAAUGGCUUUUCUAUCUCCACAGAGUGGGUAAAGGUAUGUCCAUAGGCAGCAUUAGUUUCCUUAGUGUCUUCCAGGCCAUCACCAUCAGCCCCAGGGAAUCCAGGUGGGUAGAGAUUAAAGGAAGAGCACACAAAUACAUCCGGUCUUCUGUGUACCUGAGCUGGAUCCUGUACAUGUUUGCCAGUGCUCUAAAUCUCGUGUAUGUGAGAGCAAAGUACACUGAAAACAACACAGCAAACCUAAAAGAUCUAGGAUACUGUGCUGCUGUUCGUCUUGAUAAGACCAGUGACAUACUGUAUGCCACCUUCCUGUCAGUUCCUGAUUUUCUCUUUGUGGGGCUCAUGGUCUGGGCCAGCAUCUCCAUGGUUCUCAUCCUGCACAGGCACAAGCAGAGGAUGCAAUACAUACACCAGGCUAAGGUCUCUUCCACAUCCUCUCCUGAGUCCAGGGCCACUCAAACUCUCCUGGUGAGCACCUUUGUGUUCUUUUACACACUCUCCUGCAUAUUUGUUAUCUGGGUAACUUUUUUUAUUAAUCUCAGUUGGUUUCUGGUGAGUGUGUCUGUGUUAGUUGCUGGAUGCUUCCCAGCUGUCAGUCCCUUCCUGCUCAUGAGCCAUUUCUCUGGUACAUCGUGUUGCUUCUGCUUUCUCUGCAUAAGAAAUGAUAAUAAAAAUAACUAUUUUAAGACAAACAAAUAAAUUAAAAAGUUUUGCACAACU